CACGAAAAAAAUAACAUCACCCAUCUGUGUGCUAUCUGUGUUUGCUUCGUAGUGCUGUGGGGAAAAAACUAUUAUAAGAUGUGCUGUGACGUGCUAGUAAAAUCUCUGUAGAAUUUGGGCGAUUUGCUAAACAGAAUCCACCUACACCACACGCUAUCCUUCAACCGAGAGCGCCCCAAAGGCACGCACGGCCCUGAAAAUGUUUCGGAGUCGGAGCUGGUUUGGGGGCGGAUGGAAUCGUCCCAAAAAUCGUCUAUCACUUGAUCAUCUAAAGUACUUGUACAGCGUACUGGAGCGCAAUACGACCGUGUCGGAAAGCAACCGAGGAUUGCUGGUGGAAUCGUUACGUUCGAUAGCGGAAAUCUUGAUCUGGGGCGACCAAAAUGAUUCGUCCGUGUUCGACUUCUUUCUGGAAAAGAACAUGCUGUCGUACUUUCUGCACAUAAUGCGCCAGAAGAGCGGCGGAUCGAGUUUCGUGUGCGUGCAGCUGCUGCAAACGCUGAACAUCCUGUUCGAAAACAUUCGUAACGAGACGUCACUGUACUACUUGCUUAGCAACAACCUGGUCAAUUCGAUCAUCGUACACAAGUUUGAUUUCUCCGACGAGGAUGUCAUGGGCUACUACAUACUCUUCCUAAAAACGUUGAGCCUGAAGCUCAACACGCACACGAUACAUUUCUUCUACAAUGAGCAUACGAACGACUUUCCGCUCUACACGGAAGCGAUCAAAUUUUUCAACCACCCCGAGUCGAUGGUACGCAUCGCCGUGCGUACAAUCACCUUGAACGUGUACCGGGUGCAAAACCCGAACAUGCUGCAGUUCAUACGGGACAAAACGGCCGCACCGUACUUUAGCAAUCUAGUAUGGUUCAUAGGGAAACAUAUCCUGGAAUUGGACAACUGCGUACGCAACGACAUUGACCACCAAUCCCAGCAUCGCCUAGCAAACCUUGUAGCGGAACAUUUGGAUCAUCUACACUAUCUGAACGAUAUUCUCUGUCUCGAUAUUGCCGAUCUGAAUGCCGUCCUGACCGAACAUCUUCUUCACAAGCUGUUCGUACCGUUGUACAUAUUCUCCCUCACACCCUCACCGCCCAUGUCGAUGGCCGUCGUGACCUGCAACCUGGCCGCCGUCCUGAACAAGGUCGUCGAUAUAGACAUCAAGGAGAUGAACAAUCCGCGUGUGGCCAGUGUCGUGGCACUGUUUCUGCUGUCGCUCGUGUUUCUUGUCGUAACGCACCGGCCGCUCAUCAAUGCGCUCACCUGGGUCAUCCUCAAUGCGGACCAUACCGUGUUUAAGGAGGGUGCAGCACAGGUACUGAACGCGUACAUCGACAACCGGGAGGUGGUAGCGUUGGGAUUCGUUCAACCGGUUGAAAGUCUGGAGGAAGCGCUGGAAAGCACGGUACCGUCUACCGCGGCUUACGGCGUUGACCAGCUGCAUCUGGCAGAUGAGCGGGCGGCCAGUGGUAGCAACAAAAGCCCGAACAAUAGUAGUAGCAGCAGUAGCAGCAAAAGCCAGGCCAGCACUAGCAGCAGUACAUCCACCAGCAAUGAACCACCCAUAUCGAAUUCUCCUAGUUCGCCAACCCUUUCGGAGGAGAUCGAAAAGGUAAACAUCACGGACGAGGAAAAGGAGAAGCUCCUGCUCAACGCGUACCGAACGCCGGAAACGAAUCGGCCCUUUCUCGAUAUGGUCCUAUCCUCACUCGAUUGCACCGAGAACGAUUUUCUGGCCCUGCUAGCCUUGUGUUUGCUGUAUGCGCUCGCCAACAACAAAGACGGCGUCAACUCGGAAUGGUUGGAGAUUGUGCUGAAUCGCUCGUCACCUUCAAAUCGCACCCAGUACAACGUCAUACUGAUCGAGAAGCUGCUGCAGAUAGUCAACAUUUCUAGCCAACCUUCCUGUCGAAUACGGCUAGUUACCACGGAACUAGCAUUGAAGCUACUCGGCCAGAUAAUCGGUACCGGGGCGGAAGAGUCAACCGCAUCCGUGCCGGAAGAGUAUCUGUCUUCGCUCCACCUAUCCCGCAAUCAAGCGAUGAAUGUGCUGAAAAAUUUCUACAAAUCAGAGGACAUUUUCUUGGACCUUUUCGAAGACGAAUACAACGAGAUGGUUAAAGCCACGUUAAACGUGGAAUUUCUCUGCAAUGAUUCGACCAUACUUUUACCCCCGACCGGAACACCGCUGACGGGGAUCGGAUUCACACGGCGCUUACCGUGCGGAGAGGUUGAGAAGGCACGGCGUGCGAUUCGUGUGUUCUUCUUGCUGCGCCGAAUGUGUCAGUCAAUAUCGGGCGAGAAGGAGACACUGCUGCCGCUCACCAAUCCGGGCCAAUGUGUUCAAAUAGAUAAUGCGCUUGAUUUGAAUAAUAGUGAUCUUAUCGCCUGUACCGUCGUCAUGCGAGACGGAACCAAGUAUCGGCGGUUUUUGGUGAUGGAUAUCCUGCAGCUGAUACUGGUGGAACCGGACCGGGAACGGCUGGGAUGGGGUGUGGCGAAAUUCGUUGGCUUUCUGCAGGACGUGGAAGUGAACGGGGAUAAGGAAGAUUCGCGCAGUCUCCACCUAACGAUCCACCGGGGCGGUGCGACUAACAAUCGUACGCCCAUUCUGUCGGCAAAGUUUAUGUUCGACGAUCAUAUUCGUUGCAUGGCAGCUAAGCAGCGGCUGACGAAGGGACGGAGCAAAGCGCGGCAAAAGAAAAUGUUUCAAAUAGCGCAGCUGCUGGAAAUUCCGGGCCAGCUGAACGAGUCGUCGUUUCCCUCGCUGUCGGCGGGAGGAUCGUCGGCCGGCGGUACACCUGCGCUACGACAUGGAUCGUCCAGUCGUCAGGGACGAGAGCAUCGGCCUCUGUUUUCAACCAGCAAUCGGGUGCCAGGAGUGGCGGCGGCUUUAAGGCGAGACAGUAUGCCAUCGGGGAGCGUUAGCCGGGUGCAGAUGAGUGCGAGUCGCUCAACAGAAGGCGAACCAACUGGCGCACGCAGAAAGCUAACCACUGGACCGGCAACACGCCGGGAAAGCAGUCAACCAAUUGGCACUGGGGCGAGUGGGAUGAAAUCGCGCGACAAUUCGCGCAACCGUUCGAGUACACCGCGCUCGCGAGAAUCGAGCCCCCGCAUACCGAGACCGCGGUCGGAGGAAAUACCGCUGGAAGAUUUUCGUCGCUCACAAAACUCUAGUCCCGUGUCGCGCAACUCGUCCAACAAUCCAUCCCGUUCGCAUACUCCCUCCCGACUGACGCUAGAACCGCUCAGCGUGGUUAACAUCUCGUCGAGCACGGGAGGCAAUGGAAACGGGAACGGUGGCAACGUCAGUGUGCUGAGCGGUGCCGUAAAAGAUCCGAUCAUUCCCAAUGUUUUGCUAGCUGGUACGAUUAGCCCCGCACCGAUCAUAACACCGCUACCCGCAACCGUCGUGCCGUCGGAGCUAAGCCCAACAUCGGAGGAAACGUCGUUCAUUGCAAACGAAGAGCGCCAGAAGAAGCGUGGAGUGAUCGAAACGGUUUGAGAACGUACCGUGAUGGUGCUGUAUGUGCUGUUGUUAAAGCGCGAGCAAGGUUUCUGGCGGCGGUAUUCUUCCUUUGUAUUUAUUUCAGUUACAGUAACGAAUAGGUUUUUAUUGUUGAGAUUUUAAAAUGUUCGGUUGGUUUAGAAAAUAAAUUACUCAAAUGUGGCAGAAACGA